UACACUUUUUUUGUUCGAGAUGACGUCCUUUAUUGAGUGUGCGAGUUGGACGCGUAUUUCCUGUCACUUACAAUUCAUUUGGAACGCACAGUUCUCUUCUCUCUUGAGUAUUUCAUUUCUUAGUCAAUUCAAAUAAAAUCAACAUGAGUCGUGGAUCCAGUGCAGGUUACGAUCGUCACAUUACAAUUUUCUCCCCUGAAGGCCGAUUAUACCAAGUUGAAUAUGCAUUCAAAGCCAUUUCAAACAGUGGCAUCACAUCUGUUGGCGUUCGUGGCCGCGAUGGAUGUGUCGUUGUCACCCAGAAGAAAAUACCUGAUAAGUUAUUAGACCCUUCAACUGUUACUCAUGUUUUUCGAUUGACACCAAAAAUUGGAUGUGUAAUGACAGGCAAUAUUGCUGAUGCUCGUUCUCAGGUGACAAGAGCUCGUCAAGAAGCAGCUGAAUUCCGUUACAAAUAUGGUUAUGAAAUUCCAACAGACAUGCUUGCUAAGCGUGUUGCCAAUACGAAUCAGCUCUAUACACAACAAGCUGCGAUGAGACCUUAUGGUGUUUCUAUGAUUCUAGUUGGUUUUGACGAAGAGUUAGGACCUCAAUUAUACAAAUGCGAUCCUGCAGGCUACUAUGUUGGUUAUAAAGCUACUGCAGCUGGUGCUAAACAACAAGAAGCUUUAAAUCAUUUGGAAAAGAAAUUAAAGAAAAAUCCUGAAUUGAAUAUGGAAGACGCUAUUGAGCUUGCCAUUACAACAUUAUCCACUGUUUUAGCAGUCGACUUCAAAGCAAGUGAAAUAGAGAUUGGUGUUGUUGAUAAAGACAACACUGAUUUCCGCACUUUAAAUACUGAAGAAAUUGAGGAUCAUUUGCAACGUAUAGUUGAGAAAGAUUAAAUGAGAUGGUUAACGUUGGAUUGGGGAAGGACGAUUUUCGGCACUACAAACACAAGCACAUCUUUUUUUUUUUUUUUGGUUUUUUUUGAUACGAACUUUGUAGAUUCAAACAUAAUAAACUCUAUAUUGAUAUGCGUAACAGAUUACUUGAGAUCCAUUUAUUGUAUGUGGAGAAGAUACUUCACGUCGAAGACUCAAAGCGUAUUUUUCCACUUUAUACGACAACUUACUUAACUGAUAUCAAAUAUGUUUUUCAAACAUUUCCGGCGUAUGUGCUUUGAGUGCUUGGAUUCCGUUGACAUACGUCCAUGAUAUAACAACUGCAAAAGGAGAAGAAAUUGUCACCACCAGACAAGAAAUUCAAAUAC